AUGACUUUUGACAGCAUUUACACGUCGUUACCUCCUCUUCUCAAUCAUCCCAACUUUGAAAUUGCAAUUGAUGAACCUCCAUACAAUCCUGAUAUUCAUUUGUCACCGACUGAACCUGAAUUUGUCGUACUACUCGAUGGUUACCGACAUGUACAAAAAGCUCCUAAACUCGACAAACCACUGGCAUCGAACGGUGAAAGUCAAAUAGCCUAUACAGGUCCAUUUCAACUACUAAGUGAUGAAGGUUAUCAAGUUUUACGCAAAAUUUUGCAACGUGAACUUGUACAUCAACAAAGCAACGAACGUUGGCCAGCUUUUAUUCGUAAUGCUGGCUAUCGUAGUAAAUGGCUUCAAGAUUUCAAUCGAUGUCCACGUGUACUUGAACAUUUGUCACGUUUGACAGGAGAUGUGAAUCUCGUGCCAACUGCAUUUCAAAAUAGCUAUAGUCAUAUCAAUAUUGGUUAUGCAACUGAGAGAAAUAUCGAUUCUUGGCAUUGUGACAGUGUACCCUACGUUGUGAUUUUGCUUGCAUGUGAUAUGAGUCAAACAGUUGGUGGUGAACUGCAACUCAUUGAACGCGAGCCUAAAGAAGCAUUUCGUCUUAUUGAAGAAUAUAAAGGUAAAGUACCAAAAGAGUUCAUUCGACCAAUUAACUAUCUCGGUUCCAAUUCAUGUGUGUUUAUGCAAGGUAAGUCUUGAGAAUCAGAAAAAUUAUUCCUUGAAACAAUAAAUGUAUUUUGUCGUUUGAUUCUAGGCAGUCAAUUAGCACAUCGAGUAACACACAUUCAAUCAUGUACGGAGCCUCGUAUUACUGUUGUAAACUCAUACAUGUCAACAAAUCCAUUUACAACUGAAUGUACACGUUAUGAUACUUUGCGAAAAAAAAUCAAUUAAUUUUUAUUAUCGUUUGCAGAUGAAGACAUUCCAUAGUUGCC